AUGGAAAAAGUCCUCAAAAGUGGGAAAUAUAAGAUGAAAGUUGGCCGACUCAUCUUCUGGGACUUUGGUGGACAGUAUGUCUACUAUACAACACACCAGACAUUUAUGACUUUCAGAGCUUUGUUUCUAGUAGUUUUUGAUGGAAGUAAAGGUUUAACUGACGAAGUUCCUGAUGUUCUGUGUUUUCCAGGGCAGCACUUGACACCAACUCCAGCAGUGUUCUUAAUGCACUGGGUCAACUCAAUUCUGACCUAUUGUAAGGUGGUUUUUGAAGGUAUCCCGAAGAUCUUGUUUGUUGCAACCCAUAAAGACAAAGUUCCAAUGGAGGAUGUAGAAACCAGACGUGCACUAUUGUACAACGAAGUAGAGGAAUUGUUUAAGGACCAUGAGGGAAGAAAUCAUCUUGUCCUUGACAAACAAAUAUUUGUUAAUGCAACUGAUAAAGCUGAUCAAGAAAUUGAAUUCCUGAAGAAAGCCAUCACAGAGCUUACUUUCGACCAUCCAUGUUGGGGGGAGAAAAUGCCUAAUGCAUGUGUCCCCCUCGAACUUGAGAUUGCUGAAUUAGUAGCUCAAGGGAAACAAAUUCUGUCUUUGCAUGAGUUUGAAGAACUAAAUGCCAUAAGCGAGGUUUCUGUUCUGAAUCCAAGACAACUGAAAGAUUUCCUUCAGUUUCAUCACUCACUUGGCAAGAUCGUGUACUUUGAUAGCAUACAUCUGAGAGAUUAUGUUAUCAUUAACCCACUUCUCAUGGUGGAAGUCAUGCGAUCUUUUGUGACAGACAGAAGAUUCUGGCCACAGAAAAAAAGAAUGCAGGAAAUUUUCAGAGAAAUGUCGGAAAGUGGAAUCAUAUGCCGUGAAGACCUGUACCAGAUUUGGACACAAAAUGACUUCAAGGCAAUUUUACCAUACAAAGAGUUUAUAUUCAACAUCCUGAUUCAUUUAGAUAUUUUGGCAGAGCAACGGAGAUAUGAUACAUAUAAUGGCAGUCGGUUACCAGUAGAGAAAUUCUUUGUUCCCUGUAUGGUUACAGAAAGAAAUACCACCAGAUUCAUGGACAAAGAAUGUACACCCGAUCGAGCUAUUUGCUUAGCAUUUGUUUUCAAAGGGACUGUUAUACCAUCAGCUUUACCUAAUCGACUAAUAAGCGCAUGUCUGAGCAUGUGGACCGUCAAGCAGUAUGAAGGAAGAAAACUCAUCUUUUCAGGAUUUAUUGUAGUAUCAAUUGACAAGUCACAUGACAUUGUUGUGUGUGUUGAAGGCAACAAGAUUUUUCUUUAUUUAGUCCAUAAAACCUCCGCUGGACUUAUUGUCGCAGAUAUAGCAACUGGAAUUAAAGAAUGUUUGGUUUUAACCAUGAACGGACUGCAAUAA